GAAUCCCAUUGCACAUAAAUGAGACAAACUUCUUCUCUUGUCCCCAUCUUUCCAAAUCGUCCCUCUGGAUCUAAAACGAUCUUCAAACAAGUGCAGACAUCAUGUUGAUUUUAUUGAGAGUCUUUUAUUCCUCUGAUCAAGACUAGUUGGUAUCCAACUAGCUCAUGGCUACACCAAGACCAAGGGAUAUUCACCUAAAAGAGAAGAGCAGCUCAGCCUCUUUGGUCCCUCAUCACACGGACACCCUCCAUGGGCGACGAACCACAAGACCAUCAGUCCCUGGUUCCCCUCUUGGAGAUCUCCGUUGCAAGCUUACAGCGAGUAAGAGCACCACAGGCACUUCCAGAGCCAGAAGGGAGCCCCCUUCCAAUGCCACGGCUGGAAGACGUGUUCCUACAAGAAACCCCAACGAGAAGCCUCCAUCACCGUCCGGCCCGCCUCGAAGAGUACGCACACCAAGCACCCUCGAAGCGAAAGCAGUCGAGGCUCCAUCCUCCUUGCCUAGUGCUGCCAUCUCUUCAAAACCAGCAUUAGAUAGAGCAUCGAAGCCUCUUAAGGGUACAAGAACUAAACCAUUGGUGAAGGAAAAGAGUUUAGGAGCUGAUACAAGAACAGUUACUGGCACUCCUGCUCCCAGCACAACAGAAACACCACCGGCGAUGAAGUCCGAGCAAGAAGUAAAAGAUGAUUCUCCUGAUGAGCUCGAGCUCACCGACUCCUCCGAAUCGAAUAUUGCAGAAGAUAACACGGACUCUGCUCCUCAAACAGAUCAACAUAAGCCAAGUUCCCCGAAAGCGGAGAUUGCAAUUACGAACGAUGGAGGAGUUGGUGGUGAUGGAAGCAAAGCCGAUGAGGAUAGGGAGAGCCCCAAGGAGCCAGAGGGAAAGCCGGCUAUAGAAAGCUCCGAGGAGCCGCAAAGUGAGCCAGCGGUCAAUGGUGGAAAGCCAGAGGAAGCUGAAGCAGAGAAGGCGACGGCGGUGGAGUCGAGCGAGACGAAGAGGCCAGAGGUGGUCGCUUUCAAGAGGCCGGAGGUGGCAGCCAUGGGGAGGAAGAAGGAUGCGCCGAGGAGUAAUGAUGUGAUCGCGGAGGCGCGAAGCAAGCUCAUGGAGAAGGGGAAGAGCAAAGUGCUGGCUUUGGUUGGGGCCUUCGAGACCGUUAUCUCGCUUCGUGAGCCCGAGGGUCAAACCGGUCAAACCGAAGGGAAGAGCGGGGACGAAGGGGCCUAG